AUGUUUUUUUCGCGCUCUGAUGCAGGCACAGUACUGGCACAGUCGAAGUUCCUGCCACGAUUCUUCCCAAGUAGUCACUCCGAAUACAGUAGCGAAGCAGUUCGAUUUGGGUUGCAGAAAACUGCGCGCCUUCACAAGCACAAGUCACAGAAAUCACUUCGUAGUUCGCCACGAUCGAAGUGGACCAAUAUACAACGGAAAGUCCUACUUAUGCACUCAGAGAUAGUGCACGCAUACGACUUGCAGAAAUUCAAGCCAAAACAUGUCGAAAUGACGUGCCUUCACUUCCCUUCGGCCGUGGAAAGCGCUCCAUUCAGCGAUGACGCUCUCUCGCAUGCGGUCGGCUACCGUACGAGUUGUCCGAAGACCACACACUGUCGGUGGGUUGUUAUUCGUGCCCCUCAAUAUGUAAUUCCUGUCUUCUAUUCGAGUGAUUCCCUACAGUGCAUGAUUAACACUGCGUUUCUGGCUCAUUCAACUAGAUCGCGGCGUGAACACAGACCCGGAAUGACGGUGUCUUGUGUUGAGAGCGAUCUUGGUAUCGCUAUUUUGAUGAAGAACGAAGCAAUGGUGAAAUCAAUGAUUUGCGAAGGUGUGGAUGUGAACCACACAGAUUCACUAGGUAGUUCACCGUUGCAUUAUGCCGCGUUUACAGGAGAUGUUAAUUUUAUGCUGAUGCUACUAGAAAUCGGUGCAGAUUUUAAUGCUCAAGACAGUCUUGGAUUAACACCACUUCAUCGUGCAGUCGCUGCAAUGCACUACGAUGCCGCUGAACUGCUUAUAGAUAAAGGAUGCGAUCCUGGGAUCCAAAGCAAGGCGCUACAAACUCCUCUCCAUAUCUGUGCUAUCCACAAUGUCCCAAGUAUCGCUGACUUGCUGCUUCGCAAACGUUACCCUAUGUUAGAUAGUGCUGAUGCCCGAGGUUGUACCGCGCUGCAUCAUGCUGCUUAUCUUGGACACGUUGAGGUUGCUGAGUCCCUUUUAAAAGCGGGAAUUAAUAUGGCGGCCGUUGACAAGCUUGGGAGAACUGCAAUGCACUCUGUAGCAUGUGGUGGUAGCAUCAAAAUGCUCGCAGUUUUACGGGAGGCUGGAGCAAAAAUUACGGUGCGAGACUUUCGUGGAAGAACUGUAGCCCAUUAUGCUGCAGUGGCGUCGCAGACAGCAUUCCUAAGCGCUAUUUUGAAGAUUGACAAGGAACUGCUCAAUGUCACUGAUGACGAUGGGUACACGCCUUUGCACUACGCUGUUCAGAGUGGGCAGAAUUCGAAAACCAUCGAACUUCUAGUGGAGAACGGCUGUGACGUACUCGCUGCGGCUAAUGAUGGUACCACAGCAUUGCACAUAGCUGCUACGCUCGCGGAGUCUGCAAUACCGAUUGAGUACAUGGUUAAAUGUAAAGGGAUUGAUCUAAAUGCAAGAAAUGUCGAUGGAAUGACUCCUUUGCACUUGGCUAGCGAAUGGUCGAAGGUUUCGCGCGUAGAUGCUCUGAUUAAAGCGGGUGCUGAAAUUGAUGCUAAAUCACAUGACGCUGCUACUCCAUUACACUGUGCAGCCAUCGGUGGUCAUCAGUUAGUUGUUAAACACCUGCUCAAAUAUAGUGCUGAUGUGAAUGCCAAAAUGAAAGGUGAUCUCACACCGCUUCAUCUGGCUGCACAUAAUUCAUGCCGCACAGUGGUACAAACAUUAGUUGAGUUGGGUGCGGAUAUAGAAGCAAAGGAUGCAUCAUCAAGAACGCCACUUUUGCUUGCUGCCGGUAGCAUUGCGAGCAACGGUGCGUUUACGGUCGAAUAUCUCGUGAACAAUAAUGCAUCAGUCGAUGCGGCUGACGACUAUGGUCAUACACCUCUUCACUGGGCCGCCUCAAAAGGGCUUGAAAAAACGGUAGAAUUUCUCUUGAAAGGAGGAGCCGACGCGAAUCGUCCUGAUAAUCGUGGUCGUAACGCACUCCAUAUGGCCGUGUUGUCCCGUUCUCGUGCAACACAAGCGUUGCUGUGCGAAGCUAACCCAAAAAUUGUCAAUCAUCAAGAUUCUAAUGGCUUUUAUCCGCUCCACUAUGCUGCAUACAAGGGCGACGAUAAGCUUUGCACUUUUCUGCUUAAAUUAAUGGACAAUAUCGUGGAAAUGCCAACAUCUGGCGUUCAGCGCGCUAUAACGCCGCUUCACCUGGCUGCAAUGCAUAACAUGCCAAAACCUCUUCUUCCACUGGCUGAAGCUGUCAAGAAAAAGACCGUUAUUGCUCAAAAAUUGACUAGAAAUCGCCUUUCUCUUGAUCGACCAUUGUUUGCUAUCAUGGAUGCAAGAAACCGUAUUCCGUUGCACUAUGCAAUGAAAUAUGGGAAUUUCGAACCUACCAAAAUAUUGUUGAGUCAGCCAGGUGCAGAACUAUGUUUGACAUGGCGCGACAAAGACGAAAUGACUCCCUUGCAUUUGGCUGCAGCAAACGGCAAGAAUACCUGCAUUGAAUGGGUUUUGAGAAAUUUCAGCAAGAUUAGUGUGAAUAGAAGAGAUUCUAAGGGAAGAUCGGCUGGAAUGCUCUCUAUGACGUCGCUGUCUGGUCCCUACUGGCCUCUUAUCCAGAAAAGCAAUAUGGAACGAGGUGACAACAUGGGAAGAGGUUAUCUGCAUCGAGCUGUUUACUCGAAAUCUGAAGACGCGCUGAAGAGAGUGCUGCAGAAAUGCAACCCUAACGUGAAGGAUGUAAAUGGAGUGACACCUCUUCAUGUCGCUGCUGCUGUUGGUUGGGCUGAUGCCGUGAUUGCACUUCUCAGCUAUGGGGCAAAUCGCAUUGCUACUGACAACAGAGGAUUCACUCCGAUUGAUUGGGCUGCUGCUUAUAAUAGGCUCGACGUGUUGGGAGAGCUAAUUCCAUGCUCUCGAGGAUCGAGCACCGAUUCGGCUCUUGGCAGCGGCGGUACUACUUCGUCUCCUUUUGAUACAUCUGGUGAUGGAGGGUCCAGUUUUAUGGCGGGAACAACGGCGGUGACUUUGGAUACCCCAGAUGAUCACAAACUUUGCGGUCGAGCUGGUUUACUUCUUGCGUCGUAUUUUGGCCAUUUAUCAGCCAUCGUUUAUUUGUUGGAGUACAACCCAAAUCUCAUCUCUGCACGCGAUCCUCAUGGACGGACCGCACUUCAUCUGGCGGCAUGGCGAGGUUGCUAUGAGUGUGUUGACUAUCUUAUAGAAAAACGUGUUUCCGUGGAAGCUGUGGACGAUCAUGGCGCUACGGCGUUGAUGUAUGCUGUUAAAGACCCUAAAGCAGUUCAUGUGGUUGAGUAUCUUCUGAAUCACGGAGUGGAUGUUUCAAAAAGAGACGAUAGUGGUAAUACAGUCCUUCAUCAUUGUUGUUUAAGCAAAAAUGAGGAAGGUGGCAAGAUGUUAACAAGUUAUCUCGACAAGUUCGACCCGCAACGAGUGCUCUGCAAUGCGACGAAUGACAACGGAGAAACCGCACUCCAUAUCGCCGUAAGACAUGAUCCAGACAUCAUUGACUGCAUGCGUUUGGUACUUGCCUGCAUGAUGGACACUCCAGCUGCGGAAGUUUCUAGUCUCUUUCUCAGCGAUCGUCGGCAAAGUCAGUCCACCAUCUACCGAAAGUCAUCUCUGGAAGCAGAAGAUGCUGAGUUUUAUUGA